AUGACCUUAACGGACUUAGGAGAAUCAGACCCCCACAAGGUUCCCGAGGGAGGACACGCUAGCUUCACGUGGGGUGUCGCAGCCAGCUACGGCGUCUACUUUACCUUCUACACCGUGAACGAUAGCUUUCCAGAGACCAUUUCGUUAAAUUAUGCCUUCAUCGGCGGCUACAGUUUCGGAGUGUCGAUGUCGGCUGCUUCACCUGCAGUCUACCUUCGAAAAACGUUUGGGACGUAUAUUUCCAUGUGCACUAGGUUUGCAUUGCAAACUGGUGACUUCAUUGCGGCUUCCUCCGGAGAGACUUUCCGGGGACCGUAUCUUACCUAG